UGUAUCGGUCAGUAUUGAUAGAACCCUGAUUAUUCUCAGACGUCUCACACAUCAAAUUGCUAUAGGAAUUUAAUCUAUUUUAAAUAAAAUAUCUGUAGUAUUCAUCAAAUAUCCAAUAAAUUCUAAAAUAUUAUUUCAUCAAUAUCUGAGCAUUAGGUGUAAGAAAAAAAUGUUGGCGGAUUUAUUUGAUGCAGAUUAUUUUGUAUGGGAUGCGAGAGCUAUUAUUAAAUUACAAAGAUAUUUAUUAGACGAGAGAAUUGAAAUGGAAGAUAUAGAAAAUAAUGAAAAAUUAGAAAACAUUCUACUUGCGACAGUAGAAACGGCCUUUUUUGACAGAAAUCCUAUUACACCUGAAUUAUUAGACGCAUUCAAGGAAUCGAUUCUUGGGCUUCAAGUGGAUUAUUUGAAUACAGUUAGACUGUAUCGUAUAAAUUAUAUUAUAUUGAAAGUCGCUUGCGUUGAAUAUCUCCUAUAUCCCCACGAAGAUAAUGAAGAGUAUAAAAAGAUAUACAGUUGUGACGAACAAAAAGUGACCGAGGUAUAUAAUAAAUUGUUUGAUCUUCCAAAGGACAAUAUACCCGACAAUGUCACAGUGACUGCGGCUAAAUCUUUUUUCAGUUACGAUAUACUUGUAGAUGAUAAUGACUACUUAGAAACUAUAAGAUUGUAUUUGAGAGGAAUUGAUAUUAAUUCCAGAGAGUUAAAAUACAUAAAAAAUAGAUCAGUUGAAUUCAUUAAUGAUAUAAUUCGUGUGUACCAGCAAGUACGGUCCAAUCAACCAGAACUUCUUACGUCCGACUACCCCAAAUGUGUCAUCAGUUAGUUCCGGUCCCAUAAAUAUCAAUGAACCAUGGAUUUACUCAAUGUUACUCUGCUAAGCAGAUAUAAUUAGCACAAAUACCCAGUUCAACUUCUCCCGAGCACGAAUUAUAAAUUUUAACGAUGAUUCUAAGUAUGAUGAAUGUUUUCAUUAUCAAAAAACAAUUUCGCUAGAAAAAUAAUGUAAAAAUUAUAAAAAA